CGAUAAAUGGUACGGAACCCUUCAUGGGCGAGUCCGACUCGCACUUGGCCGCUUUUUUUGGUAUUCGCUUUCACAUCUCAUUUUUUGGUGCAGGAAAUAGUUCAAGCAUAUCGAUUCAUUUUCUAAUACGUACAAUAAGUAUAUAAUGUACUUACAGCAAACUGCAAAAAAGCAUACCCACUUUGGGAAUGAAUUCCAUUUGUAAAUCACUGAAAAAAAUAGAUAGCCGAACUGGUUUUGUAACUUUACUAAAUAACUAAACUACGGUUAUAAGAAAAUAAACUUUGCAUAAAUUUACAAACUUAUUUUUUUUUUUAUUAUUUAUUUAUUAUUAACAUAAAAUCAUACAUCUCAAACAGGUACGGAGUCCCACAAAACAGUUUACACGGUUUGACUGUGGGAUCGUGCAGUCUCUACUCUCUUAUAUUUAUAUUUAUAUUACAAUGAGAUUCGUUUCUAUAUGCUCAAUAAUUAUUUUAUGCAGUUUACAAGGUAACUACGCAGCUUUUUACCAAACUUUAUUGGCUUCCUGUCUGAUGUCAGAGGGCAGGCUGUUACAUAUAUAGGGUAGGCGUUUAUGGAGGCACCUAUCGCCGUAAUAAUUAGAGACCCUCGGUACGACAAACUUGCCCGCAGACACCGACCUGGUUCCACAAACAUCGUUACGGUGUAACUGGGUGUGCUCUCGACUGCCAUGAUUAUUAAACACUAUUAAAUAUUUAUGCUGAAGGCUUACCGGAAGAAUGUUACAAAUUUUGAACAAAUUUCUAUAAUCUUUUUUAUUUUUAUCUUUAGUUUUAUUACAAACUAACAGUUUUAGGAAUCUUACUUGCAUACUUUCUAAUUUGUUUAAGUUAGUUUUAGUUGUCAAUCCGUAACAGUCAAGAGCAUCACCAAUUAUAGAUUCAACUAAUGAUACAUAUAAAUACUUUAGGAUAUGCAAAGGAACUUUAAAUCUUAGAUAAUAAAAUUUUCCUAAUAAAACUCUGAAUUUGUUAUAAAUAAAAUCUACAUGGUGCGUCCAAGAAAAGUGUUCGUCUACUUUGAGACCUAAAUACGUUACACAGUUAACACGUGAGAUGGGGUUACAGUGGCAGUCUAAUAAGUUAUUAUGCAUACAAGAAAAAUCAUGGGUUUUAAUAGGAUUUGACGGGUUAGGCAUUUUUAAGUAGGGAGAUCGAAUUAAUAAUAACUUGGUUUUCUCAGCAUUAAGCACAAUACCAUUAUCAUGCGACCAACGAACUACAGCAUUGACGCCUUGUUUUACCAAGCGGCAGGUGUCGGGCAGCUCGCUCGCAUUGCCUGCGCGCAAUAUGCAUAGGUCGUCGGCGAACAUGUGCGCUGAGCAGUGCCGCAGUACGCCGCACAGGCUAUUCACGUGCAUCAGAUAACUCACGGGUCCAGUACAGGAGCCCUGCGGCACGCCACACGACACCUGUCGCUCGUCGCUGAUGCCUUGAUCACACGUACCGAGUAAACGGGCGAGCCAGUAAAAUGUUCCUCGGCCGAGACAGUGAUGUAAGCGAGUAACUGUUCAGACAUGUUUUCAAAUUAGGACAGUCAGUUCAGUUCUAUUGAGAGAUUCGGGCACGAUGGACCGUAAAAAGUUAAUUAGAAAAUAUACAAAGUUACUCAUUCCACUAUUAAUGGAAGAAUUAAAGGAAUUGUUGGAAAACGAGCAGCGCCGGAUUUGGACUAGACCAUGGAUGUUGAGAAGAUCUGAUUUUGGCGCUACGAACACUGUUUUUAAAGAAUUAAGGGUAGAAGAUCCUACUGAAUUUAGAAUGCUUCUGAGAAUGGAUGUAGAACAUUUUGACACAUUGUCAGAAAAUAUUACUCCAUUGAUACAAAAACAAGAUACUGUCAUGAGAGAAGCUAUACAUGCAAAGACGAAACUACAAGUAGCGUUAUGCUAUUUGGUGACUGGGAUGAGCUACCGUUAUUUGCAGGCUUUUUACAGAGUGUCUCGGGCUGCAAUAUCAUCGUUCAUACCGGAAGUCAUGGAUGCAAUAUUUACUUAUUUGGAGAAUUAUUUAAAGGUACCGCAGACCAAUGAAGAAUGGAAAGAAAUAGAAACAGGUUUCAGAACUAGGUGGAAUUUCCCUGGUUGCCAUGGCGCUAUAGACGGGAAGCAUGUGAUAAUUCUAGCACCACCGAAUUGUGGAAGUGAAUAUUUUAAUUACAAGGGUACCAACAGUGUGGCUUUGAUGGCUGUGGUUGAUCAUGACUAUUGUUUUCGCUAUGUAAAUAUUGGAGCAAACGGAAGAAACUCGGAUGGGGGGAUUUUUAAAAACAGCCAAUUACGUAGUGAUCUUGAGAAUAAUUUGCUACCGAAAGGAGGAUUUUUGGUUGGAGAUGAUGCGUUUCCACUAAAAACAUAUUUAUUAAAACCAUAUAGUGGCACAAAUCUUUCAACAAAACAAAAAAUAUUUAACUACAGACUCUCUAGAGCACGAAGAAUUGUCGAAAAUGCGUUUGGCAUUCUGGCAAGCAGGUUUCGAAUUUUUCAAAAGCCCAUACCAACUAGUGACGUAACCACAGAUAAAAUUAUUCUCGCCUCUUGUGCUCUGCAUAAUUGGUUACGUCUCACAAGUCCCGGUAUUUACUUUCCAAAGGGUUGUGUUGAUCAAGAAGAUAUAGAUUCGGGAUCCGUUAUUGUGGGGACUUGGAGACAAGAACUACAAGCUAAUUUGCCAAGUAUCACUAAUCAUAACACCAACAAUGCAGCACGUAUAGCAAGGGAGCUUCGAGAUAAAUACGCAGAGUUCUUCAGUGGGGCAGGUGCCGUUUCGUGGCAAAACAGAAUGAUUUCAUAAUUUUAAGCAAUUUAAUUUCAGAAAUACCUACAUUAUACUUAGCAUAAAAAGUAACAUAAUAAAAAGCACUUACGUUUUCAUAAA